AUGGAAAAGGAAACGAUGAUGUUGAUCAGUGAUCUCGAAAAAGUUUCGACUUCAUUAUUUUUACCUUCUUUUGCAAACACAAAUUCUCGAAUUUCAAAGUUUAUUCUUAAAGACAUUUCUUCACAGCUUUAUGCCAGGAAGCAAGGAAGCCAUUCAAAAACCAACAUUCUACCUUCAACAAUAUCUAAAAUUCAUAGUAAAAUGCUAAUAAAAGAACAUAGAAAAUCAAUUUCUUUGCAAAAUUCAUAUACGAAUUUAUCUUUGGCUAAUGACUUCUUUAGAGUAGAAAAAAUUCAAAAUCGCUUUGCUAAUUUUAGAAAUAAAACAAAUGAAGGGUCAAGGGCAUUGCUAAACAAGACUCUUAAAGGAAGCAGUAAUAAUGGAAAGAACCAAAGUAAGUUGCUAGCCUUAAGAGAAAAGCUUGAAAUGAAUUUUAGCCUCUCAUUAGAAACCGAUAUUUUCAAACAAAAGCCAUUUGUAAAGUCAAAAGCUAGUAGACCAAGUCUUCCAGCUAUUAAUAUUCAAGUAAGACCUUUGUCUGAAUCUUCAGACGAGCAUUCAUUAAGGCUGGCUCCAAGAUAUUUACACUAA